GGCUUGAUGCACUUCGUUAACAGUGUGUGGCCAGCAGCGACACGGAACCCACGAACAACAGGGCGCGCGCGUGAUAAAACCAAGAGAUAAAACGCACGCACUGGGGGGGAAAAACGAAGGAAAAACAAAGAACGAGAUUAAGAAGAAUGGCCUUCCGGUUACUAAAAUAGCUUCACGCCGCCAGAAAACAGCGGCACGCGAUCCUCGCCUGUUUCUCAAAACUUGUGGAAAUAGGGACGCGCUGAACUGAGCGGCAUCGCUUGCCAUGGACCAUCUGCGAGAUAGCACGAGAUCACUCACCCGCGGGGAUCUUACGUUCACAGCCCCUCGUUCUGCGCAUCCAUGCAAUGUCACUUUAUUCUCUCCGCCUUGCAAAUGAGUGUGGGCAACGAUGCCGCGCAUUGUGCAUCCCACUAAGAUUGCAGUCUGUGCAAUUUGACGGGGCUGCACAGACAUUUUUGGAGGUGACGAUCUGCACUGAACUUUCCAUCUAAUAUAUUUUGGAGAAAAUGCACGGAGAGCAGAGAAUGUGGACAAGAUGGAUCUGACCUCGCAGACUACUAUUGUGCCAAACUCCUCCGACGUUGUCAACAGCACGAGCGCCCCGAGGACUUCACCUCAUUCACUGGCGGCGGCGGCGUUCAUCAUCCUGGUUGUCACCGUUAUUAUUUUGGUGACUAUCGUGGGUAACGUGCUGGUCGUUGUCGCCGUGUUCACCAGCCGCGCACUCCGCGCGCCGCAGAAUCUUUUUCUGGUCUCUUUGGCGUCUGCAGACAUCCUCGUGGCUACGUUGGUCAUUCCAUUCUCUCUGGCUAACGAGGUCAUGGGAUAUUGGUACUUCGGAACUACGUGGUGCGCGUUCUACCUGGCGCUGGAUGUCCUCUUCUGCACGUCCUCCAUCGUUCACCUCUGCGCAAUCAGCCUGGACAGGUACUGGUCCGUGACCAAAGCCGUCAGCUACAACUUGAAAAGGACUCCUAAGCGGAUCAAGUCCAUGAUCGCUGUGGUGUGGAUCAUAUCAGCGGUAAUUUCUUUCCCACCGCUGAUUAUGACGGAGCACAACGAGCACGAAUGCUUGUUAAACAACGAAACGUGGUACAUCCUCUCCUCGUGCCUGGUGUCAUUUUUCGCUCCGGGCGUAAUUAUGAUUCUGGUCUACUGUAAAAUUUACAGAGUGGCCAAACAGCGGUCCUCCACGGUGUUUGUCGCCAAAAACGGUCUGGAGAGGCAACCCUCGCAGUCGGAGACGUGUUUCGUGCGCAAGGAUAAGUUUGAGACGGAGAGCCCGAGCAGUCAGAGUUCAGGCAGCAACCAGCGGCAAGAGGAGUUGGACGAUAUCGAUCUCGAGGAGAGCUGCGCGUCGGACAGCAAACCCAGGAACUCGCGCUUUUCGAAACGAAGGAAAGUGGAGGGAUCGAACUGCUGCCCGAAACAGGGCUGCCGUCUGUCCUGGGCUUCCAGUCGCCCCGCUCAGCUGUUCCAGGAGCCAAACGCGAGACAGCAGGCCAUUUCCAAAACGAAAGUGGCACAGAUGCGCGAGAAGCGCUUCACAUUCGUCCUCGCGGUGGUGAUGGGGGUUUUCGUGCUCUGCUGGUUCCCCUUCUUCUUCACAUACAGCCUGCACGCGAUAUGCAGGCAGAGUUGCACAAUUCCUGGCGCUCUUUUCGACCUCUUCUUCUGGAUUGGCUACUGUAAUAGUUCAGUGAAUCCAAUUAUUUAUACAAUUUUUAACCGGGAUUUCCGAAAAGCGUUCAAGAAAAUAAUAUGGAGAACUGCAAAACGAACUUGAGGGAGUUUUCACGGUGUCGUGUUAUAAGUUGUACUUCAUUGCGUAUUUAAAAGCUCUUUGUGUCCUCGAAUCAUUUAUUUACUAUUUAUUAUUUUCAGCGUGUAAAUAAAAAAAAUUGAUUUGGAUAAGGCAAAAAAUAAACA